GGUGGGAUCUUUGUUAGCCAGUUAGCCCUGCUAGCUGCUAGUCAGUUACCUCAGGUUAGAGUUAGCGUUAGGGUUAGUGUUGGGGUUAGCGCUUCGCUCAGCCCGGUGGUUGGGUUUAGUUGCGGGUGUGUAGUUUUUGUGAUAAUACAUAUUUUUGUGAUAUUACUUAUCCCACCUUGGUUGGGACUGAAGAUGAGUUUAGCCCGUUACAGAGAGCAACGGAAGACUGCGGGGAACCGCAUGUCCAAACUCUUAGAUGCGGAGGAAGAGGACGACUUCUAUAAAACCACUUACGGAGGCUUCAACGACGAAUCGGGGGAUGAUGAGUACCGUGGUGAUCACUCAGACACUGAAGAUGAGGUGGACAGCGAUUUUGACAUUGAUGAGGGUGAUGAGCCAGACAGCGACCAGGAGGAGGACAUACCACGUCGGAAGAGUCGUGUAGUGACCAAAGCGUACAAGGAGCCUGUAAAGGCAGUAAAGCCCAAAGCAAAGCGUCCCUCUGAAGAGCCCAAGAGAAUGGAGAGACCCAGAGCAGAGAAACGCAACCACCAAGACCUGCAGGACACUGCAGAAGUUCGUAAGUCUGUGCGGAAGUCCACCAGUGAACAUACGAGGAAGACAUACGAGCGUUUGCAGGAGCGGCAGCAGGAGGCGCCACGCCGGAGGAGAGCACACAACGAUCGACCCCUCUCUCAGGAAGAGCUGCUAACUGAGGCGCGGCUCACAGCCCAGAGCAACCUGCAGUCACUGGAGAAUUACGAGCGUCUUGAGGCUGAUAAGAAGAAGCACGUGCAGAAGAAGAGGAGGUUUGAAGGGCCCACGAUCCGCUACCAGUCCGUCCUCACACCGCUGAUCUCCGAGCCCCUGCUCAAAGAGGAGAACGUGGAUGUAGAGGGGCUGGAUCAGGACACGCCCCAGACAGCGUCCUCAUCCUGUGUGGGGGUGACACUGGGGGUAGGGUCUCUGUGCUCUCGCACCUUCAUUACUUUCAGCGACGAUGAUGCAUUUGAAUCUGCUUUCCCCCGAUUGGCCAGCACUGGUCAUAGCCUUCCUGUUCAGGAAGUGUGUCCUGUAACCCAUAAGCCCGCCCUGUACCGAGACCCCGUAACGGACAUCCCGUAUGCUGAUGCACGUGCCUUCCGCAUCAUCCGUGAGGCCUACCGCAAAUAUGUAGCAGCUCAUGGCUUUCCCAACUCCACGGGCAGCGUCAGCGGGGUCAGUGACCCUGCUGGGCCAGCAGGGGGCAGCACAGCGGCUGCAAAGAGCCUCCGACCAAAGGGACUCCUCAGACAGGGUCUGGUGGCCAUGUAGGUACAUGCACACACAUGCGUAUUUUAAGUAUGUGUGAGAGUUUGCUCAAUAUGUGCUUCUUGAAAUGAAUGCAUGAGAAUCGUUAAACAUGUUACUUUUCCACAAAUGUUCCUGAUGAGAACCAGGCUGAAGGCUGUGCUGUAUUUAGCAUCUGCCUUUGGAAUGUUUCAUACUGCUCAUGGUUUAGUUUUGUUUUGUAUCUUUUCUUAUACUGUGUGUCACACUCUCAGUAGUUGGUGCUUCAGCUAAACUGCCCGUUUGGCAAUAAACACUUUCUUUAUGUGUUUGG